AUGCAACAACACAUACUACCGACGCCGCCAUCGUCCUCUGACGGCUUCUCUCAACAACCAACGGCCAUGACGGACGCACACACCUCGCACACUCAAGGCACCAUGAGUCCAGAACAAAGUUUCGCUGGCUAUCCAUAUGCCACGCGAUAUUCCACUCCCGUUCGUGAGGAUGACUCUUCAGUGUACGAGCCAUCGACAGUCUACUCUCAAAGAAGCGAUGUUUCAUUUAUAGGUUACGGUGGAGGCCUAGGAAUUACCAGUAAUCCAUAUGGACCUUUGCCUGAUGAAGUUGGCUACAAUGUAAGUAAGACUCAGUAUGUGUCGAGUAUUAAACUGACUCAACAGGCUCACCUUCCGUAUACCCCUGAGGCAUCACCCUCAGCGCCCUGCCAAACUAGCGAGGCCAUCACAACCCGCAGUGGGCUCAGCAUCGCUAAGAAGUCGCUCACGACUAGAACACCAGCCGUGAAAAGUGGCCGAGUGCAGAAGAGAAGCCGCGCUGAGAAAGCCAAGAGUGCAUCUAACAUUGUUUCGAAACCACUUUCCGAAUCUGCUAAAGACUUUCCCGACAUCCACGUUGCUGAUAUCGAGACCUUUGUCAAUCGGUCUGCCGAAACAAGACUCUCGGAAACUUCACGCAACAAAAAACAAGGACAGAUCAAGCGCCCUAUGAAUGCCUUCAUGCUUUACCGAAAAGCAUACCAGGACGUUGCCAAGACGCAGUGUGCUCAAAAUAACCACCAACAUGUGUCAAAGGUCUGUGGUGCAGCAUGGGUCUUGGAACCAGUCCAACUCAAAGAGGCAUUCGAUCAGUGGGCUAGGAUUGAGCGUGUGAACCACCAGCGAGCACACCCCGGAUACAAGUUCACGCCCUCGAAACCGAAAAAGGCCAAACAGGGCGAGGAUGGAGAUGAGGAGUAUUCGGACAACGACUCAGAAUGGAAUGGCGGGCGCGGGCUUUUCAACGCAGCGCGGAAGUCCAGGUAUCGUCAAGUCUCACGACUGGGCGAAGCCUCUCCUACCGCCUUUGAUGCCGUUAACAGCUCUAUGGGCGAUCCAUCGACCGCACCCUACCAUGAUGUGUACGCUCACCCCCAUCAUGGUAGACCUCAUGUUCUCCCAUAUGAUCAGGUGGUGUCGAACCCAUAUGGCAUGAGUAUGCGCCAGUACAACGGCCUAGGCAUCAGCAGCGAGAUGACUAGCAGAGCUGCUUCCCCUGUAGAGUUGGAAUACUCGAUUCAUGGCCUGGAUGGGUUCACCCACAACUACUACGGUGCCCCCCUAUCAACUUUUAACAAUGCACCAACUCCUCUGUUCGGGUCAAAUCCGUAUGACACAUACGACGGGCUCCCCGCAGGUGCUACCCCAUUGGGACAAGAAGGUUGGAUUCCGCAGAUGGAGACUGACCACGACAUGAUGCCUGUGGCGGCUGGGUAUGAAGAAACUACAGCACAAGACGCUUACCUCAAAGGCAACAAAGACGAUUGGAAAGUUGAAGUGAUGGAUGAACCAGGUCACUUUGAGGAUUGGUAUGCGCAGACCGAACAAGGUCUCCAGUGA